GUGUAUGAAAUUAUUAGCGGGAGUAGAGGUUAUUAUAAAUAUAAAUUGAAUAAAAAAUACAGAAUUCAGAAUUAUCAUUCACGAUGGAUAGUGCAACGGAAGAAUUAUAUUUCCAGAAGCUUCAAGAACUGGUGUAUGAUAAUGACAAAAUUGUUACCAUUCCAUCCUUGGCCAGAACUUUGGAUAUUUCAGUACAAGAAUCUCAACACUUAAUAAAGCAAUUUACCGAAGAUCAAAACAAAUUGAAACCUGAUCAACUCACAGUCACAUAUGUUUUAACUGGUCUUUUAAAACAUGGGAAUGGCCGGGCAGUGCUCAUGCUUACACAACCGACCCUUACAGAGAAGAGAAGUACUUUUGAACAAGUACUCAGUGAAGUUAUAUUCAGCAUACAGAAAUGCAAAAGUCUGGACUUCAAUAUCAUAGCUCUUGUUGAUGGGCUGGAUUCUACAACAAUUUGUGAUAAACCACUGUCAGGUUCAAUUGUUGGAGAAAAUUGUGUGAAAGGUGAGCUGAGAACCAAGAAGUUGCCAUCACCACGUGGCCCCACUAUCAAAGGCAAAUCUUCAUUUUUCCUGCCAAAGACAGAAACUACAGGAUCAACAGUGAAGCCAAGUCAGUCAACUGAUUCUUCAUCAAAGGCAAAACCUACUGGUGGCACAGCUAAUAUCUUCAGUAAAGCAUCUACAUCUAAUCCAGUUACAAAGGAAAAAAGUAAAGGAUCUGAAAAUAAACCCAUUGAAAAACCCAAAGGAGGAUUGUCAGGGUUCCUGACAAAGAGUUCUUCCAGAUCUAUCAGUAGCAAUGAGAAUAUCAAGUGUGAAAAUGGAUCAAACAAGGAUGAAAAUUCAGACCAAGAAAAAAAAUCAACAGAGAUUGAGAGUGCAGACAGUAUAAAACUAGAAGAUGAUUUGUCAAGUUCUAUGGAUAUUGAUGUAGAAGAAAUCAAAAAAGUUGUGGAGGUGAAGGAAGAAACUAAAACUUUUGAGAAAAGUCAACAAAAACGUACUAAAAAAGAAACAAAAAGCAAGCCAAAUAAAAAUAAGAGGCAAAGAGAGAAGAGUGAAGAGAAACCAACAAAGAGAAGGAAGAGGAUAGUGGAAAGGAAUGAUUCAGAAAGUGAUGAUAUGUUUGAAAAUGAUGCUGAUGAGGAUAUUAUAGAUAAAUCUGAUGAAGAACCAGAAAGAAUACCUUCACCUGUGGAAAAGAAACCUCUUGCACCUAAAAACAAAAUUAGGAGAGCAGUUGACAAAACCUAUGAGGAUGAGGAAGGAUUCAUAGUGACAAAGACAGAAUAUGUGUAUGAAACAGCAUCAGAAGAUGAAAAUGAAACUCCUGUGCAAAAUGUGGGAGACAAACCAAAAGAAAAGAAAAUUGAGAAGAAAAAUAGUGCUUCAUCAGAGAAUGAUGUGUCUCCAAAAAAAGGGACUAAAUCCAAAAAGGGCAAGAAAAAUGACCAGAAUCAACCCACUCUCAUGAACUUUUUCAAGAAAAAAUAAGAUUGGCUACAUAUUUAUCAUAUUUUGUAUCUUCAUAUUUAUCAACCAAUAUCAUGAUAUUGAAAAUAUUGCAUUAUUAUAAGUUUAU